UUUUUAAACUUUCCGGAAGCCGCCGAUCGACAAAAAUAAACAACUCUAGCCAAAUCGUUUUCUAACUAGACUAGGUAAAGUAUCUAGAAAAAAGUUGGGUCAGCAGAAUGUCUGAGGCUUCUUUAUCACCUAAAAGGCCUCGACUUGAUUUUGAAGAUGGAUCUGAAAAAGAGGAUCGUUUUGAUAAAUACAAGAACAGAGAUCAUGAUGAUGUGAACAGUUUUCUCCACUCUAAACACAGAAAACGUUCAGAUCAAGAUGAAGAUGAAAAUAAAGAUGAGGAUAUUAAAAAUAAAGGUGUUCACAUGGAUACAGCUAGGAGGGAACACACUUUAGUCAUGAGGUUAACCAACAAGGAGCAAGAACUUCAAGACUGUAUGAACCAAAUUCAAGAAAUGAAACAGGCCCAAACACAAAACACAGCCCAGCUGCGCUCCAUGCUGCUAGAUCCUGCCAUAAACCUGGUGUUCCAGCGCAUGGCUAAAGAGAUGGAUGAACACAAAGAGAAGCUCAAGCAGAAACAAAAUGAACUUAGCGCCUGGAAGUUUACACCAGACAGCCAAACAGGCAUGCGGCUGAUGGCAAGAUGUCGAGUGCUGUUACAAGAAAAUGGUGAGCUGGGCAAGAUGAUCUCAUCUGGUCGCACUGCCAGACUUGAGGGGGAGAUAGCUCUUCACAAGGCUUUGGUCACUGAGAUGAAAAAGAAUCAAAAAGAAUUGGAUGAGUUCCUUCGUGAGUUGGAUGUUGAUGUUGAGGGCAUGCAGGGGAUGAUCCUCAUGCUCCAGCAGCAACUGAAGGACGCCAGAGACCAGAUAGCUCGUCUACAGCAGGAGAACGAGCAGCUGAGGAAAGCACCGGAGCCGGCCAGCUGGCCCAGCGAGGACAUCGCAGCUGCCGACACACCCCUCGCUGACUCCCACGCUUCUCCUGCCGCUGUGGCUGGUCAGACAGAGACUGAGGUGGACACGGUCCCAGAGGACUCUGGUGUAGAGGGGCUGACUGCAGCAUGUGGGGAUAACCCUGAGCUCACAGACACACAGCACACAGACUCAGAUAUUUCUAUAAAGACAGAGGACGAUAAGUCACUUUUACCUGGUCAAGGAUUAUGAAAUAUAGCGUGAGAAGAGACUGGUGUUGCGUGAAUGAUUUGUGUAAACCUGAGUGGGUGUUUUCUGUUUUUAAGAUGAAUUCUAGGAUUAAAUGUUAUUUGGUGUUCA